AUGUACAGCACCACCAACGACGCCUUCCUCAACGCCGGCCCGUGCCCGGCCUCGCACCCGGUGCGGGUGCCGCAGCUGGCGUACGAGACGCUCUGGGACACGACGCAGUUCAACAGCAUGUGGUCGUCGGGCGGGCCGAACCCGUUCGUGCUGUCGUACGGCGACACCAAGGGCUACGGCACCCACGCCGACUACGUCUUUGGCUGGAAGGGCGACUCGCUGCAGCGCGCCAUGGACUCGUCGUGCAUGUUCCAGGCCUGCGAGAACGGCCGCCCGCUCAAGUCGCAGGCCGUCAACCCCAUGAACAACUGCAAGGUCAAGAGCCAGGUCACUGAGGACAUUGACGGAUGGCUUAAGCACCUCCCUGGGAUGGGUCCCAUGUAA